AUGUGCGCUGCGGAUGUGCCACGCUGGCAGGGAACGGAUGGAGAGAGAGACUUGGGCGCAUGGGGAUUUGUGAGCCACCGUGACGUUGACGCGCGGAGGCGCCGGUCCGUCCGCGAGCUUCUUUUUCCGUGUGUUCGACGUCCCCGAGAACGGGGGGGGGGACUCUCAUGUUGCUGUGCACGAGGGCCUGCGCUGGCGUCAUCGCCUGCCGACCGCCACGUCCAGCGUCGCUUUUUCGUCUGCUCAGCGGUGUCACGAGCGCUCAUUGCGAUGUCGACCGAGCCGUCCGAUCCGUUCGCGCGUCACGAGGAUGGCAGCGCAGUGGACCCCGCGGCGUACAAGGCGGCGCUGCUGGAGGACCCGAGGCGCGUGCAGCUGAUCGUUGACGACCUGGAGAUGUCGCGGGUGGUCCGCGGCGACGACGUCGAGGCCUUCCAGGAGCUCCUGCGUGCUGCCUACGAGGAGGAGCAGAAGUACGCUAAGGCGAGGCGCGAGCGCGUCGGCGAGCUCACGAUCGACGCCCAGCGCUGCCUGUGCACCGUGCCGCGGGACACGGUGCAGAUCUACAAGCAGAUGCACGAGAGCGGCCUGCAGUACGGCCCUGCCUUCCGCCUACUGCGCAACGUGCACGUCCCCGAGGCGACAGUCCCUCAGAGCAGCGCCAAGUAG